UCAGUCCGGCUUCCUCCCGUCCCGUGUUUGGCUACUACCGGCGGCGCAGACGCAAUCCCUCUCCCACCUGACCUCGCCUUCUCGGCUGGCCUUGCCGCCCCCAAAAAACAGUUGCCAGCCGGGAGAGAGACGAAGGGAAUCGCUUCGCCUGAUUUCUCGUCUCGAGCCUGGCGUCGUCGAACCAUGGGGCCGCCGGCACUCGACCGACUCAUGUCUAUGCAGCGGCGUCGCCGUCGCCGGCCAACUCAAGGCCGUAGCACUACACCGCCUCUUACCUCCCUCGGCAGCUCUGUUUAUUCAUCUCUGCUGUGUGUUCUGUAACCCAUUCCUCUUUUUGUUCUGCGAUGGAUCUGUAACCUCGGUUUGAUAUGUGCAUGUAGUGAUGUUGAGAGGGGAAGAACUACUUUUCAUUGUGUCUGCAGUAUGCUGUUUACAGUUUCUUUCUCCGGAGGAAGAAAGAACAGUGUACUUGUUCAGUUGUUUUCCCAUCAGCAUCUCUGUUAUUCUAACCAAUGCCUCAUAUAUACUGCACUGCAGGUGGAUUGGUGACUGCAGUGGCUAAAAGGACGGACACUCGGCUGAUAAUUAGCCUUCCAGAAGUAAUGCUGAUAAUGGGAAUUCUCGGAGUGACAAAAAUUGAGAUAUUCAGGACCAUGCCUUCCAGAGAUCCAAGACGCCACACCGCCAUAGCAAAUUAAGCAUCACAUAAGGUAGUGUGAUGGAGCCACAAAGAUCCAUCAACAUGACGGCUGCGAUGGAGGCUCUCUCCCCCUUCUUGAAUAAGCCACGGAGGAUCAUCAUCCAGGUGGAGGCGUUCACGUCAGGGAUCGUAUUGCUGCUCCUCCUGCAGCUCAUCCUUGGGUCCUUGAGGCGGCAGUCGACCAACUUCUUGGUUCAAGCUGGUACGUGGGUGACCUACACUGUGUCGUUCCCAGCUAUCGCCUACACCCUGGGAUUGAUGCAGUCCUCUCCGGUGAAGAAUGUCAUGUACCCCAUCUGGGCUGUCUCAUUGCUGAUGGCCGCUGGGUGCACCAACGCAGUCAAGGCCUAUGAGCUCAACGACAACAGGCAAUGGAAGCGAAGUUUUUUCAAUUUUCUCCAGUAUUUCGUCUAUGUUAUAUCAAUCUCGGGCCUACUUUUCUCCUAUAGCACGGAUAAUUCCUACCGAGCCUCCAACAACUUUGCAACUAUUAAGUCUCCUGCAACUGUUCUCACUUAUCUGGCUGCCACUGUCAUUUUUACAGGACUCAUAGGUAGAGAAUUUGCAUGCGAUUGGUUGAGGUUGGCUAUUUCAUUGCCAGAGGAGUUGCCAAGUUCAUGAAGAACCUGCCUGCUGAUGAUGGUGAUGGGUUCGAUCCUGCCACCAUGAAAGGCUACAAGUACCCUGUUCAAAUUUAUGGACUUUGGGGUCGUGUCACCAUCGACCAGAUCUGGCACUGUGAAGGCAGGCUCCUCCGCUCAGGUACUGUUCACUGCAAGGAGCUCAAGGACUUGUGUCUGGCUAAAGCCAUGUAUGAGCUAUUGAAGCGGCGCUACUAUGGGUUGUCAUUCGCCGAGGAACACCUUGAUGAAACCCGUGAUUUUGUCUUCAAGGGAUUACUACAAAAUCAGGAUGACUAUGAGAGACCUUUCCGGAUUGUUGAAAUGGAGUUGGGGUUCUGCCAUGACUACUUCUUUACAAAACAUGCUAUCAUCUUUGAACUUGAGGGAGUAUUCUUCUUUCUCUUCCUUGUGAGGAUUGCUCUUGUUGCCACAUGUGUAUCCUUUGUCGUGCAGAGUACACUAUCUGUCAAGACACUUAAAGCUGUCAUUGAAGUGCACAGCAAAAGGGCUGACGAGAUCAUCACUCUCCUUGUUUUGGCCACAUUCCUUCUCACUGAACUUCUUCAAGCUGCAUUCUAUCUGGCCUCGGAUUGGUGCAAGGUGUCAGUUACUUGUAGCUAUCUCAAAAUAUCUUGUUAUCAACACAAUGCUUUCAUUGAGAAGUUUAUCUGCUAUAUUAGCAGAUUCAAAAUAUUUGGGUACUGGAAGAAUAAGAUUGGUCAGUACUCGAUUAUUCCACACAUUACCGCCGCUGAUUCGUCUGGGGACUGUUACCCAGUGAACAAGUUGCAGACAGUAAAGCGGGCUAUUGCUAGGUCCCUAAUAUCAUGCGCCGGUCCACCAACUAAUGGAGAAGGGUCAUUACAGAGGAACGGUGUGCUUGCAGAGUUUUCUUGGGCAUUGCAUGGUCAUUCACAAGCAGAGAUCAUGUUAAUUUGGAACAUCGCCACUGAUUACUGCAAUAUGAUUCCCCCUACUGGAGACGGGGAGCAACUGAAUGGGACAUCUGAAAAUGAACAAGACACAAAGUUCAACAAGAAUGUUUCAGUCAGCCUAUCAAGAUAUUGUGCAUACUUGAUGAAGUCUGCACCAGAAUUGCUUCCAGGAUACUUCGGAGAUACAAAGCUGGCCAUGGUUGAUGUAGAACGCAAAGCAUACGAAGUUCUAGGAUCCCGGAAUGUUGGACUUGGUUUAAAAUGGUGGAAUGUUUUUUCCCUUUUGGUAAACGGGUUUCUACCCCUGGCCUCUGGAUCUAUUGAUGCAUCCCAGAAUAUUCACCAGGCUAUGAAUGGUUUACAAGACCAAGUGGAAGACAGGAGCAUCUUCAUGAGAGGUGUGAAGCUUGGAAAGCAGCUAGAGCGCAAUCCGAGCAGUGCUCUUCGCUGGAAGAUACUUGCGGAUUUCUGGGCUGAGAAGAUCCUCUACAUCGCACCAUCAGACAAUGUUAAAGCACACAUGGAACUUCUCGCAAAGGGAGGAGAGUUUCUCACCCACAUCUGGGUCCUCCUUACUCAUGCUGGCAUCCUCAAGAUUAACAGGGAGGAAGGUAACAACACCAUGCCCAUGCGCCAACCAUCCCAAGGAGAUGUGUAGUAAUUUCAGUUCUAGCUGCUUGCUUUCAUGUACCACUAUCGUGCGAGCGUUCUUGUUUGUUCUUCUCUUGAAAAGCUUUAUUUCUGCUGCACUGUAUCGAGUGUAAUACUCUAUCCCAAUGGUGCGCGUCAUCUGAACUAUUUGUUGUAUCAUUUCAAAAUUGCCAUAUGCAAAAACCGUCAUGUAAUUGCCUG